UCCUUUAUUUUGUCUCAGCUUUUGCAAAUUUAUUCGUUGUACCCCAGCGUGGCUUAUUUCUAACGCAAACAUCGCUUCUGCCUCUUUAAGUUCAAUAACUCUAUUCAAAUUGCUGGUGGAGACUUUGCCAACAGAUCUACUGAGCUGUUUCUUGGGUGAAAUCAAUAAUGGCAACCACGACUCUGGUUUUAAUUGGGCGCACCGGAAAUGGCAAGAGCUCCACUGCCAAUUCCAUCCUUGGAAGAAACGCCUUUAAAGCUAAGGGGGGUCAACAAUCUGUUACAGAAUUAUGCCAACAAGGAGAACGCAAAUGGAAGGAAGGGCGAACAAUAAAUGUGAUAGACACUCCGGGUCUCUUUGAUACAAAGAGAGAUCGAAGAUUUGUCGAGACAGAAAUCGUGAGGUGUAUUGAUCUUGCAAGGGAUGGGGUGCAUGCCUUUAUUCUCGUUCUCUCUAUUCAAAACCGGUUUACAGAAGAAGAAUUAAAUGCUUUCGAGAAAUUCCAAUUUUUGUUUGGACCAAAAGUCCUCGACUAUAUGACGAUAGUCUUUACUCGUGGUGACGAGUUGGAAGCUGACUGUCUUACGUUGGAGGAUUACUUAGAAUCAAGUGUCAAGAAACUUAUGGGGCGUUGCGAGAACAGAGUUGUUGUUUUCGAUAAUAGAACUAAAUCGGAGACGAAGAGGGAAUGUCAAGUAACUAAGUUACUGGAGACAGUAGACAAAAGCAUUGCUGAUAAUGGAGGUCGUCCUUAUAGCAAUGAGCUCUUCGAAAAAGCAAAAGAGCUAUGUAGAACGACAUCACAAUUGUUUUCCAUAAAAGGCGUGGACUAUGCCAAGACUCCGGAAUGUCAAGAGCAGGUCAAGCUAUUAAAUGAAAUGUUUGCAAGGAAAAUAGAAGAAUCGAAGAUCGAGAUGCUCACAACGACAAAAGGAUUACAAGAACAAUUGAAAUCUAUGCAAGCACAAAAAGAUACAUUUUAUGAGGAAAUUUGCAGUGUUAAGAAAGAAUUGAAUGAGGCGCGUAAGAAAUAUGCAAAAAUCAAAGAAAUGCAAGAUGAUGCGUGUUGCAGCGGGUGCUCAAUUGUUUGAGUAAAAUGAACUCAAAUGUUUUGUAUGUGAAGAUGACACUUCCAAUACCUAUAAUCUUAUAAAACUUAUAAUUGUGUGUAAAAACAUGAAUUGUAGCUCCAACACAUUAAUUAGACGAUAUGAAUAUUGCAAUGGAUGAAAUAAUCAAGAAACUUAUACUUUAA